AGUUUGUCCCAAAUGUACAAGCAGGCCGGCUCUUCUCAGGCUUUACAUUUAUAUACAUGUAGAAAUCGCAGGCUAGGAUGACAGUAUUCAAAGACAUCUAACCAAAUCAAAUUUUGUUCAAUUAGUCUCUGCAAUGCAGCUCCUUUCCAUCCUCUUCCUCGUCUUCUUCCCCAUCGCCACCCUCAGCACAGUUUUACUACCCAUUCAACAAUGCGAGAAGAACUUCACCGGAAAUAACUUGCUGCAGACCAAUAUCAACAACCUCCUUCUCGACUUGGUGGGGAAGACUUCUCUUCAGGGCUACGCCAUCUCCUCCUCCGCCUCCGACAGCUGCGAAACAGUCUACGGUGUCACGCUAUGCCAAGGAGACCAGAGCCGAAAAGCAUGCUCCGCCUGCAUCACCAAAGCUGCACAAAAGAUCCGAUCUUCAUGCCCUAAUGCAGCCCAGAUCCACACAUGGCACGAGGACUGUUAUCUUCACUACGACACCGAGAACUUCAUCGGGAAGCCGGAGAAGAGCGUUGGGAGUGUGUGGUAUUCCCUUGACGCUUCUGUAAACAUCACGAAGCUUCAACGAGCGGUGAGCGACCUGUUGGCCGGAGAGGUUUUGGAGGAAACGGUGAGGGGGGCGGAGAAGUUUGGCUAUGGCGAGAAAUAUGUGGAUGAGAACGUGACGGUCUAUGGAACGGCGCAGUGCACGCGGGAUCUUGGGGAAAAUGCGUGCUUUGAUUGCUUGGAUUAUGCAUUGAGGACUGUAUCGGCUAACUGCUAUGAUAAGACUGGAUGUCGUGUUUUUGGAAGCAGCUGUUUGGUUAGGUUUGAGAUCUACAAAUUUCUGCAGGUCAGUUCUCCGGUUCAUGCUCCUGCGCCUGCUCCCUCCUACGUGAUCGGAAAUUAACUGUGCUCCGUUGGAGAAAAGAUUGGGUAUGUUGAUGGUGUGGAUCCAUCAAAUUAGGUUUGUGCACGCAACGUGAUGCGAUUCGUUGUGUGGUGAUUCAUAUCAUUCAGGGUUUUAUUUUUAAUUUGUGUACGGGGUAUAAAUAAUUAGUUGUUGGUGUUCUGUCGUCUUAUUUUGAAUAAAUUAGA